CAAAGACAAGGACCUCAUCAAUUCCUUGCUAAAAUCUCACUCUUUUUGGCACAACCAAGCAAAUUACGAACAAAGUCCCAAGUUUCUCAUUUGCGGAAGAAGAAAGUUUCAAGUUUCUCUCACGAACCAAAGCCAAUGUCGACCGUCAAAAUUCAACCCACAGCGUGUGCGCUCUCUUCGACCGUCAGGCACAUCGGCUUCUUCAAUCUCCGGCUGCCCCGAGACGGCGUCGUUUCUUCCAAGAGCUUCAACCAGUCGAGACGCUACGGGACCAGAAGAGCCCUCGCGGUGUCAAUGUCUUCUGCUUCGCAGUCGAACCCUCUUGAAGUCUGCGUCAAAGCUUCCAUCACUACCCCCAACAAGCUCGGCGACUGUCCCUUUUGCCAGAGGGUAUUGCUGACCUUGGAGGAGAAGCAUCUCCCAUAUGACUUGAAGUUGGUAGAUUUGGCCAACAAACCAGAAUGGUUCUUAAAAAUCAAUCCAGCCGGUAAAGUUCCUGCACUUAAACUUGAUGAGAAGUGGAUUCCAGAUUCUGAUGUUAUUUCACAAGCACUAGAAGAAAAGUACCCUGUUCCACCGUUGGGAACCCCACCUGAGAAGGCUUCAGUUGGAUCAAAGAUCUUCUCCACAUUUAUUGGUUUCCUCAAGAGCAAAAACCCCAGUGAUGGAACAGAGCAAGCAUUACUGAACGAGCUAAGAUCUUUAAACAAUUAUCUCAAAGAAAAUGGUCCUUUUAUCAAUGGAAAAGAGGUUUCUGCUGUGGACUUGUCACUUGGACCCAAGCUGCAUCAUCUAGAGAUUGCUUUGGGGCAUUACAAGAAUUGGUCAGUUCCAGAGUCUCUUCCCCAUGUAAAGUCUUACAUGAAGGCUAUUUUCUCAAGGGAUUCGUUUAUUAAAACACGUGCACAGCCAGAGGAUGUAAUUGCCGGUUGGCGUCCAAAAGUCGUGGGUUAAAUUUUCUUUAGCUUCUUCUGUAUAGGAGGGCUCUACAGGUCUACACUCGUAACCUUCUUUAUGUAUUAUAUACUUGAAUGCGAUUAAAACACUUCCUUUAUUAUUGACUGUCAGAUUCUAUUUUCCAUUUACGUUGCCCAAAUGUAGAGGGUACUGGAAUUUAGUGACAAUGGAUCAUGCAUAUGAAAGUUGAAAGUAUUGCAGGCC